AUGAGCUCUACCAAAGAUGUUCGCGUAGUAGUCGGAGUCGAUUUUGGGACAACGUUCUCUGGAUUCUCGGUUGGUCAUAUCCGUCGUCCUAAAGAAAUCGAGACUUAUAUAAAAUGGCCGUUGGGCAGAUUGACCCGAGCAAACGCGCACAAAAUCCCCACCGUCCUCGUUUAUGAUAAAGAUUUCAAUGUUACUCAUUGGGGGAAUUCGGCUGCAGAUUGCGUUGAAGACUAUGGGAGCGGGGUGACGAGCGACGAUAACAUUGUUGUGGAAUGCUUCAAAUUAGGCCUUUCUGAAGCCUGUCCGACAGCUCGCAAACCUGUGCUGCCCGAUGGAUUGAAUUACCAUAAAGCUAUCACUGAUUUUCUCAAGGAAAUGCAGAAAAGAGUCGAAGCACAUAUCAAGUCUCGAUGGGGGGCUGGUCUCGAUCUUGCCCGACAUGUUUUAUUCGUCUUUACAUUACCAGUGGAAUGGAAUCACAAGGCCAAAGAUAUAAUGACCAAGUGUGCGGUUGAAGCUGGUCUGGUGCAAAAAGGAAUGGACAACGCAAUGUUCAUAUCCGAACCGGAGGCGGCUGCCGUGUACUGUCACGAAAUAAUGGACGAGUAUGAUCUAGCGGAAGGCAGCACUUUCAUGAUCGUUGACGGUGGCGGCGGCACGGUUGAUCUUACUACGCGAAAGUUGCUAACAGAUAAACAACUGGGUGAAGUUACCCAGUCGAUGGGUAAUUAUUGCGGUAGCACUUCCGUGGAUGACGAAUUCCUCAACCAGGUGGCCGAGCGACUUGGAAUCACUCGCGACAGGAUGAACGAAUUACGCAAAAUUCAUGCGCGUAGAUUGAUGUAUUUGGUUCAAAAUUUCUUUUGUCCCAUCAAGUUCAAUUUUAAUGAUCGUAGUGAGUAUGUAAACAAUCGCAUAAGUAUGAGGGCUUAUGAUUUUCUAAAGGCAGAAGCGAGCCAUGAAAAGCAAGCAGAGCUCGAGCCUCUUAACUGGGUGCUUGAAUUCACUUAUGAUGAUGUUAAGGCAAUGUUUGAACCGUCAGUUCAAGCAAUUCUCGCCUUAAUAAGAAAACAGUUAAAAGCAUCAAGCGAUCGUUGCUCGGCGAUGUUCCUAGUCGGUGGAUACAGCCAAUCGCCCUAUCUUAUGGAACGUGUUAAACAAACAUUUGCCUAUGAAGUUGAUAUUAUCGCUUCUCCUAUUAACCCGAUUGCGGCGGUUCAACGGGGUGCAACUUUAUACGGUUUAAGUAUUGAGGAUGACGUAGAAUCAGAAAUGUACGGUUUCAGUAAAACCGUCAAGACGCGUGUACUCAAUUAUACCUACGGCACAAACAUUGAAAUGCCGUUUGCCAAUGGCGACCCACCAGAACGCAAGACGGCACGUAAUACGAUUAUUAAAUUCUCGAUUUUGGCCCGCCGUGGAGACUCGAUUCGACGUAACCAGACUUUCAGUGAAACUUAUUAUCCAUCCAACUCGCGACAGACGAAAAUGAGCGUGAAUAUUUACGCGUCACGAGAUUAUGAUCCUGAAUAUAUAGACGAUGAAGGUGUAACCCUCAUAAGGGAAUGGAUUGUUGAUUUGCCCCACAGACACUUGGGCAAAGAUCGACCGAUAGAGCUGUCGAUAAAUUUCGGAAAUUACGAAACCAAAGUCACCGCUAAAGAUCCAAGGACUAAAAAAGAAGAUAGCGUACCUCUCAAAUGUUUCGAGUUUGGUCUGUAG